AUGGCCGUGGGCUUGUUUUCCGAUAUGCAACGCGGGAAGCUUCAGCCAUCUGCUGUGACUUACAACUCCAUACUGAGCGCAUGUGGGACGAAUUCAUGGGAGCUUUCCGUGGCUCUUGCAAGCGAGAUGGAGAAAGCGCAGGUAGUUUUGGAUGUUGUCAGCUACACGGCGCUCAUAGCAGCCACCGGUCGUGCCCCUAUUCCUUUCGGCAUCGAGAUGGCACUGGGUUUCCUUGAGCAGAUGCGGUCCAAGCAGGUAAAUCCAGAGACCUUGACAUUCAACGCUGCAUUGCACGCCUGCCAGUCAGCCUUGCACUGGGCUGCCGCCGUUGAAAUCUUCUCGGAGGCUCGAAGAGGUAGAGGACCUGCAAGAUUGGAUUCAGUGUCCUGCGCAGCACUGUUGGACUCGCUCGCAGGGGCCGGAAGCUACGGCCGAUUUCAGGCGAUCCUGCCCGUAGUCCGCCGCGAGAACCUGAGGUCCGUGAUCCUGGAGCCGCAAGCAGACGAGUUGAAGCUUCUGGCCGGCAGCAUGAAGCCCGACUUACUCGCACUUGCAGCCCGCUCUGCUACUCUGUCUCUCAGUUUUUGGGACCCAAACCAGAGCUGGGUUGACUGGGGUUUGGUCUUGGUGCUCUUGCGCCGCACGGUGCUCGGUGGCGCACGCUCGCGAUAUGCAAAGUGCGAGCAUAGAGAGACUGGCGGGAGUCUGCUUCGCCAGCUGGAAGAACUCAUGACCGAAAGACGGAAGAGCUCAGAAGAUCGCCUCUUAAACGCGGCCUUCUCGCAUCCGUUCGGGCUUGGUCCCUUCUUGGCAAACCUCACGCUGGAGGCGCUGGACUUCUCACAGAUGUCUCGCGAACCUCGCCGACCUUCUGUGAUGCCAUCGCCAAGGUCUACGGGGGAGCCGGUAGCUCGCGAGCUUUGGGCGGAGGUGGAUCUGGCUUUGGAUCUCCGGUUCACAUCCCUGCGCGAUAGGCAGCUCGUUGGCUACGGCGGUUCGGCCGUGCGCACUGUCAGCAGCGACGAUAACAGAACCACGCAAAAGAAGCCCGUCAUCCCUCCAUGGAGUCGCACUGCUGCAGGACCGUUGUAUUGGUGGCGAUGCCUCGGGAACCAAAGGGCAGGAUGGGUCAGACGAGUUGAGCGAAGAUCUGUUGCCAUUCCUUCGUCUUUUGGUGGACGAUGUGCCACAAAUGGUGAAGCGCAUGACAGAGAACAGCCAGACUCUGCUUGA